GAGCUCUCCUUCUCUAAUCAUCUUCUCUUCAGUAAUAGAAAGAAAUUAGAAACAGGAAAAGUUCUGAUCACCUUUUGGUUUUGAGAGGAAGAAUUCUAAAGUGAUAAAUGAGAAAUACUGGUGGCGGCCCUGCUCAGGGUCGUCCAUGGUCUCAAGUUAUACUUGCAAUGACUGUAGUCUUUGUAUCCUACCAAGUAGGAUCUGUUUCUGCUGAUCCAUAUCAGUCCAAUUCACCACCACCACCACCACCACCAUUUGAUUACAAGACGCCUCCACCCCCAUCUCCAUUUCAUCAACAACCAUAUGUUUACAGUUCCCCACCACCACCUACACCAGCGUAUGUGCCUCCUACACUAGUCUACAACCCACCACCACCACCUACACCAGUGUAUAACCGACCACCACCACCUACGUAUGAGCCUCCUCCGCCAGUCUACAACCAACCACCACCACCUACAUACGAGCCUCUUCCACCAGUCUACAAGCCGCCACCACCACCUACACCAGUGUAUAACCGACCACCACCGCCUACAUAUGAGCCUCCUCCGCCAGUCUACAACCCACCACCACCACCUACAUACGAGCCUCCUCCACCAGUCUACAAGCCGCCACCACCACCUACACCAGUGUAUAACCGACCACCACCACCUACGUAUGAGCCACCACCACCUACAUAUGAGCCUCCUACGCCAGUCUACAACCCACCACCACCACCUACGUACGAGCCUCCUCCACCAGUCUACAAGCCGCCGCCGCCACCUACACCAGUGUACAACCGACCACCACCACCUAUGUAUGAGCCUCCUCCACCAGUCUACAAGCUGUCGCCGCCACCAAAUACAUAUGAGCCUCCUACACCAGUCUACAACCUACCACCACCAUACGUCUACUCAUUUUCGCCACCACCACCAACCAAGUAUCCCCCACCUCAUUAUUACACAUCCCCACCACCACGAGUAGUUUACCCAACUCCACACCAUCACUCACUUAUUGUUAAAGCAGUCGGGAAAGUAUACUGUUACAGAUGCUAUGACCAGAGCAACCCAAAGAAAUCACAUGCCAAGAAACACCUUAAAGGUGCUAUUGUGGAGGUCAGUUGCAAGGCAGGUGAUAAAGAAAUCAUGGCCUAUGGAAGGACCAAAAACAAUGGUAAAUACAGUGUUACAAUUAAAGGUUUCAACUAUCGCAAAUAUGGAGGAGCAGCUUGCAAGGCUAAGCUCUAUAUGGCACCAAAGGGUUCAACCUGCGACAUUCCUACUGACUUACAUGGUGGAAAGAAAGGUGUUCAAGUUAAGGUUAAGUCAAAGAAUCACCGAUUAGUUGUGCUCCAGACAAAGCCAUUUGCCUAUGGAUCCAAAACUACUUACAAGAAAUGCUCAAACCACAUUUCACCUCCCUACAAUUACAAAUCACCACCUCCACCAUCUCCAGUACCUACUCCUUACUACUUCUUAUCACCACCACCACCAUCUCCAGUACCUACUCCUUACUACUACAAAUCACCACCACCACCUCCAUCCCCAGUACCAGCUCCUUACUACUACAACUCGAAUCCACCCCCCUCACUGUCACCUCCUCCACCAUACAGAUACCCACCAUCUCCACCCUCGCCACCUGCUCCAUACUACAAGUCACCACCACUACCACCACCAUUUCCAACACCAGCUCCUGACUACAACUCACCAUCUCCAAUACCUGCUCCUUAUUACUAUGACUCACCACCUCAACCAUCUUCAGCACCCACAGCAUACUACUACGAAUCACCACCAGCGCAAUCACAAGAUCUCGCCCCAUACUACUACAAAUCACCACCUCAACCAUCUUCAGCAUCCACACCAUACUACUACGAACCACCAGCACAAUCUCCAGAACUCUCCCCAUACUACUACGAAUCACCACCAACACAAUAUCCAGAUCUCGCCCCUUACUACUACGAAUCACCACCAGCACAAUCCCCAGAUCUCGCCCCAUACUACUAUGAAUCACCAAUAACACAAUCUCCAGUAUCCGCGCCAUACUAUUACGAGUCAACACCAACACCGUAUCCAGCAUCUUCACCAUUUUACGACUACUACAAACAUCCUUGGAAACCUUGAUAUCUCAUUCUAGGCUGAGUUAUCCAGUAAAAAAGUGUUAGUAUGUGUUUGUCUCACUACAGUCUACUAAUUUGGUUGAGAAGUUGUGGUACUUUUCUUUUCAAUGUAUGUACUGAUACUACUCACAACCAACAUCAUUGAAAUUAUGCCACUUCAAUAUUUACUGCCCAUAUCGAUAUUCUGACAACAUACCUUGUAGUACAAUAUUGCAGGUUAUCACCAGUUCACUAGUGCAAUAAGCAAAUUCACCUCCAUGAAGCUCAUGGUCAUCUAGCCUCAAGCUUUACGCUUACAUGCUCUGAAUACAAUUCAUGAAUUCCCAAUUUCAAAUCUUAUAAGGGCUAUCAGAACAAAUGUUUUCUUCUACUUGUUUAGUUAGCUGCUUACACAUUUUAGUAUCGGUUUAUUCAAGUAAAAGUAGUACUCGGUU